GACAACUACGUUUUAAUAGAAUAUAUUGACCUUGGUCAUUUGGGGUGCCGAGUCCUAUCGACUGAAACUCUCGAAAGAAGGCUGUUAUGUGGAUAGCACUAUUGUUAAUGUUGUGCGCGGGUCUCUCCAGUAGCUUAUGGCUGGCGAAAAAUUAGGGCUUAAAAGUUUCACCUACUGAAAGCCGCGACAAGCCCAACGUUCUACUCAAAAGUUCUUUGAGUACUUCAGAGACUCUCCAAAGGAUUUCCGUCUUCCACUUAUUAAGACGCUCCAGUUUAGCAGCCUUCCAACAAGAUGGUGCUGCCUGCAGUUAUUGCCAAAAUAAUGAUCCUGGCAAUCGGGACAAGCAUGUGGAUCUGGAUGGAGGCGUACGUCAAAGUUCAAGUGGCGCUUCACGGCCAAGCAAUUCUCGAACCCCACAGACGAAGUGAACCACCAGAGUUGAAGGACAGUAAACUGGGAACGCACGCAUAUGCAAAUGUUAAUGGUAUCAAGAUGCACUAUGUUUACAAGGGAUGUGACCCGCGAUACGCGAAUCGCUCGAUUGCGCUUCUGCUGCACGGAUUCUUGGACUUCUGGUUUAUAUGGAACCGGCAGAUUGCUACCCUCGGUGAACAUUUUUGUGUCGUUGUUCCAGACCUGCGGGGAUACGGCCUUACUACAAGACCUGUUGAUUCUGCGGACUAUCUAAUGGUGAAGCUGGUUCAAGAUGUCAAAGAAUUAUUGGAGGCGAUAAAUCCCCAAAAGAAGAGGCCUGUUGUCUUAGUGGGGCAUGACUGGGGCGGCAUGAUUGGCUUCUGCCUGGCUACUUUGCACGAUAAGUUAAUCGACCGCAUGGUUAUCAUCAACGGAAUGCACCCGAAGGCCUUUUCUAAGCAGCUGCUGCGAAGUCCGACGCAAAUGAGGAUGUCCUGGUACAUGAUCCCGUUUCGGCAUCCAAAGGUUCCAGAGCAGUACCUUAUAAUGCGAGACCUGGCCUUCUUUGACAAAGUGCACAAGGGCUUCUCCGAAAGGGAAGAAUACGCGCACAAGUACAUGUUCUCUCAAAAAGGUGCUCUCACAGGCGCCAUCAACUAUUAUCGCGCCUUCAACAACGAUAAGGAGCAGCUGAACAAGCUGCCGUAUCGCAGACUCGACGUGCCGACACUUAUUCUUUGGGGGCAGAAGGACGAAUUUCUGACGUCCCCCGUGGCAACGUUCAACCAAGAAUGGUUGGCGAGGUCAACAGUCGUUUUCUACAAGCACGCGGGGCACUGGCUCUUGCGGGAGUGCUUUACCACUGUCAAUCAAUAUAUCGUUAGCUUCGGGAAAUCUGGACAAGUCACUCCGAGCCUUCAACAAAUGAAUCCCUCCAACAGGAGACAGAACGAAAAUACUUGUACGCACUCCACUUCGCCGGAUGCAAUGCGAACCACCAACACGUUUGCUUUGCUUCCACGAGGAAUCGGCAUUCCUGGUUUUCCAGAAGAAUAAAAACUUCCUGCCUGG